AUCUCUCUCUCUCUCUCUCGCUCAUAUAACUAUAAUAAUCUCUCCCUUCCUCCAUCUAGGCAUUCUCAGGUUCCCCUGUUUUUUCCUCAAUCCCCUGUUUUCUACUCUUCCUCCCCUGCAUUCAUUGCCAAAUGUCCACAAGCCACAAACAAACCAUGCUCAAGCUUCUCGUACUCCCUUGCCUCUUCUUCUCUCUGUUCUCACCAUCCUCUGCUCAGUCCUGCACCAAACACUGCUUCUCCGGGAACAGAGCAUUCAGCUCCUGCGUCGAUCUCCCAGUCCUGAACUCCUUCCACUGGACCUACGACCCAUUGUUGGGAACCCUCCGGACUGCCUACCGCCACUACGGACUCACCUCCUCCCGGUGGGUUUCUUGGGCCAUAAACCCCAACUCCACGGGCAUGGUCGGAGCUCAGGCACUCGUGGCUUACUUCCGCUCCGACGGGACAUUGAAGGCCUACACUUCUUCCAUCGCCGGCUACCAAACCCAGUUGAAAGAGAGCAAUUUGAGCUUCGGGGUUUCGGAUUUGUCAGCGACUUAUUCCGGGGGGGAGAUCACUAUUUUUGCAACUCUGCAGGUGCCGGAGAAGAAAACGAGAGUGAACCAGGUGUGGCAGGAAGGUCCCGUUGUAGGCGGUGCUCCGGGGAGGCAUGACUUGUCCGGCGCUAAUGUUCAGUCAUUUGGGAGUUUGAAUCUUGUCACCGGCGAGUCUGGGACGGCCGGAGGAGGAGGGAAUUCCGGACUCAGAAGAAGGAAUAUUCAUGGAGUGUUGAAUGCAGUAAGUUGGGGCAUCCUAAUGCCUAUUGGUGUUCUGAUAGCAAGGUACUUGAAAGUAUUCGCUGAUCCUGCCUGGUUUUACCUUCAUGCCGGUUGUCAAACCUCGGCAUACAUCAUUGGUGUUGCAGGAUUUGCUACUGGUCUUAAGCUUGGGAGUGAAACCCCCGGUGUUACCUACAGUUCCCAUAGAACAAUCGGCAUCAUUCUCUUCUGUCUCGCAACUCUUCAGGUGUUUGCUUUGUUUCUUAGGCCAAAUAAAUACCACAAGCUUAGAUUCUAUUGGAACAUAUACCACCACUCUGUUGGAUACACAGUCAUCAUCCUUGGCAUAGUGAACAUAUUUAUAGGGCUUGGAAUCCUGGACCCUGAAGGGAAGUGGUGGAGUGCUUACAUUGGUGUUCUUGUAACAUUGGGAAUCACUGCCCUGUCAUUGGAAGCCUAUACAUGGUACAUACGACACCAAUGGAGCAAAUGGGUGGGGGCUUGACAGGAACAUAUACUGUAGAUCAUGUUUAAAUUCCUUCUUCGGGAUCUUCUUGUAUUUUGUUGAACUUGAAACCCUAUUUAUGCUCUUCUAGUUUUUGGAUGAUGGGCCGGCAAUGACAUAUGUAUUGUGUAGUGCAGAGGAAGUUUAGAUUUAUUAGUUAUAGAUUCUUUCUUUGGGAGUGUAGUUCAGGAAUAGCAUUGGUUUGAGGAGUUGUUCUACACGUUAUUGUUUAUUAUGUAUUGAUGUAUUUGUAGUCUUAUUUUGUAUUGAUAUCCAUGAUUUUAGUUUCCAA